CCACAGGGAACAAAUCUCCUGGAAGAGGGCAGAGACAACAACCAAGUUGCUGAUCGGGUUAGCUGUCCUUUAGGGAGAACUGGGGACUGUCUCCAACAUUUGAGCAUUUCCUGCCUUCUGUCCCACCCAAAACAGUUUUGUCCAUGGAGGCACAAAAUAGCCAGAAGGAUUGUCAGUACCUCAUUGAUGACAGCCACGUGAAAGACUUUGAAGUAGCCAAAUGGGUCAAGAUCACCCUUGCCCUCAUCUACAGCAUUAUCUUUGUGGCAGGGAUCUUGGGCAACAGUGUCACCAUCCAGACUUCCAAAAUACUGCAAAAGAAAGGCUAUAUGCAAAAAGCAGUUACUGACCACAUGGUAAGUCUAGCAUGUUCAGAUCUCUUGGUGAUCUUACUGGGGAUGCCUGUGGAGUUCUACAGCAUUAUAUGGAGUCCUUUCUCUACCACAGAAGGAGACCUAGCCUGCAAGUUGUACAGCUUCCUCUUUGAGGCUUGCAGCUAUGCCACUGUGUUACAUGUGGCCACCCUAAGCUUUGAAAGGUACAUUGCCAUCUGCCAUCCAUUUAAGUUCAAAGCUACGUCUGGACCCUACAAAGUGAAGAUCCUCAUUGCCUUUGUUUGGAUUACAUCUGUGCUGGUGGCCCUACCCCUUCUCUUUGCAAUGGGGGCAGAGCACCCCUUGGUAAACAUCCCAGGUCAUCAAUGGGAGAUUGUCUGUGAAAGACCCAAGGCCCAAAGUCUGACUGAAUUAAGUUUAAAUGUGACAAUAUGCACCAAUUUAUCAUCCAAAUGGAGAGUCUUCCAGUUUAGUAUUUUCACUGCCUUCAUUGUGUACAUCAUAGUGUUGGUAUCUGUAGCAUUUAUGUGCCGGAAUAUGAUGAAAGUAUUGAUGGUCUACAAGCAAUCAACGCUGGCAGUAAAAGGGACAGAAAAGCAGUGCCAAUUUCUAAGGAAAACAGGAAGCCCAGAGAGCAGAGGAUCCAAGAAACAGACUCUUAUCUUCCUAGGUUUGAUUGUUGCAACACUGGCAAUAUGCUGGCUACCGAAUCAAGUUCGAAGGAUCAUGACAGCUGCUAGGCCCAAGCAAAACUGGACAGUCUCCUAUUUCAGGGCAUAUAUUAUCCUUCUCCCCAUAGCGGAUAUCUUCUUUUACCUUAGCUCCGUGGUGAACCCACUCCUGUACAACGUUUCUUCCCAGCACUUCCGGAAGGUAUUUCUUCAAGUCCUUCGGUGUCGCCUGUCGUUAGAACAUGCCAACAAACAGAGGUACUUGGCAACUAGUGUAAACUCUGCAGCCAACAGCAACCAUUCCAAAUGCCCGCUGAUCUUCAUAUCCAGGCAAAAGUCUUCCACCAAGACAGCUCAGCAUACUCUUCAGAAGGAGACUGAGGUUGACUCUAGUUUACCAAAACUGAGUCCCAAGUCAUUGGAGCUCAAUGUGAAAACAACACCUCUGGAGACCAGCACAGAUCCAAGUCUUGUUAAUCAGAAUGGCAUUUGUGAACAUGAGUAGUAAAUACUCAUAAAGAAAAGUUAUAGGAAACACAAUAUGCUAAAAGAGGAAGCAAUAAAGGAAAACAAAAGAAAGGUUUUACAGCCAACAAGUUGUACCCUCCAAGUUCAAGUGCUAAUUUCAACAGACUACUUUCCAAUAACAUGAAUGAUAGUGUUUUCAUAUGGAUGACUGCUGAAUUUUUUUCUUUGUUUCAUUUUGUUUUAAAGUGCAUACUGGAAAAUCAGACAACUAGAUCUAUUCUGUAAAUAAUGAAGUUGUUGAGACUUUUUCAGAUAAAAUGCUUCUUUUCUUUUGGGAAAGCAAAAAACAACAUUACAAUUGAAACCAGCUGUGCCUUUGAAAGGUGCGACACAGGAAUAAUGAUGCCAGCAAAGAAAUCUUUCCUUAGAGUUUAGCAGUGCACGGGUGAUAGAAAUGGCAAGCUAGAGAGCAGCAUGGUUGUUAAUACUCCUGCCCUAGGCAUGGUGCCGGAGUUCCCCCGCUUCUUUGGCCUGGGCCCAUUACAAAGUGGAGUAUUGCAACAGCUUAUACAAACAGAGUUUAUCUUCCCUGGAGUACAGAAAGUCUGGUAUCCGGCAGAGGUCAUGAGGCAAGCGGCAGAGGAUGCACAGGACUUGCGAUACAGGAUCCCUGUGACACAGAACAAGAGUUGGUUUAGUCCGAUAUGAACAAAUACGCUUUCUACUGUCUAUUAGCUCUUUCUAUUCGAUGGGACUGUCAAACGUUCACAUGGUGACUCUGACUGUCGGCUCAUGCCAGGAGAUUUAGCCCACUAUUACUUAAUUGUAUUUUAAUAGGAAAAAUAAAGCUUAAAUAAAAUGGCAUUACUUUAAAAGCUGACAUCCCCAUAAAGCCUGAAAACUGGGGGGGGGGGUGUCUGUUGUUACAGGGCACUUAAAACUGUUUAAAAGCUUAAGAUAUGAAAAAUCAAUUUGACACAAUGGAAAAAGUAUUGUAUGUUUUUCAGAAGGAUCCAUGGCUUGUUUUACAUUUUAGAUUUUAUUCAGUACUUCUGUUCAAAAAAAACAA